AUAGAGAAUAGUUUUGUCGCUAGGCAAAGACAAACAAGGGGUCAAAACAGCCCUGGAGGUUUCCCAACACGAUUAGUCGACCACGUGACCGAAACAGAUGAAAUAGAGGUCCGCAAUAAAAUGUCCAGAUCCAUUCAUCGAAAGAGUUACCUCAAUAUCUCUAGGCCGUACGUGAAUUGAUAAGUAACGAAAGUUCCUGUAUCAAUCGAAAAUGUAAAUAUCACGUGCUUGGGCUAGGUACUUCCUCUAUCCUUGAAUCGUCAUUUCCAUACCUGUCCACAGAAUAUCAACAACAAAUUUCCCUUCUCAUGUCUGCAAGCAUAGUAUGCGAACCACUCCUUGGCCAGACUACGGUUUUGGCUGGCGACAAGGUGAGCGAUAUCUCAACUCGAAUAAGUACUCAUCCACUCACCCUACAUCAGGCCGUCAUUACGGCAUUGAUACAUCCUGAAGAAGGACCAGGGCCAUGGGAAGUUGCAGUAUGGCACAAUAAUUCUGAGUCUCGGGAAUGGAAUCAGCUUGAGCUCAAAACGAACGGAGGCCGUGCGCAAAAGGUAUUUCAUUUGACCUAAAGCUACCCGACUAGAGAUUAAUGUUUCUUACUGUAGCUGUAUCAUGAAAGUCACCAGUUAUCGUCUGGUAUAAUAUACACUGGUUACUUGCGCCGAAUCCCGCAAAAUAAAAACCCCAAUUUUUCAUUCACAAUCAAAUAUCGAAGUUCCGGCCAAGAAUGGAAAUGGAUCAACGAGCAGUCAAAUGUUGGAGAUGCUCAAGUGAUUUUUCAGUGGGAUAGCGGUAUUCCUGAAUGCUUAUCGUAUUUUCUCAAGAAUGCAGACAAUUUGUUGCAUAUUGAAGAUUGUGUGACAAAUUCUCCAUUAGUGGAUGAAUUGGAAGACACUCGCCUUUGGUCAAUCUCUAGUACUGUUCCAGCUGCGACGGAGAAAUCUAGCUACACUCGAAUUAACAUAGGCCAGCCUUUACAGAUGAUAAGAUGGUUCUGUUUAGUAAGAGAAUCCCGACCCUGGCUCUGUCCAAGGCAAGGAGAUGCCAUAUUCUCCCCCAACGAAGAUGUGAUUCUGGUGUCCAUACUACGUGAAGAUGGUCUACACCUGGUACUUCUUGCACUCAGCCUGCAGGAUAUACUCACUGUAAUUACACAUGACGGGAAAGGAAACAUUGCUGUACUUUCAAGGAAUGAGCGUCAGGUUCCUGGGACGGCACAUAUUUUGGCCGCUGUUGGGAAGUCUUUUGAAAAUGCAAACCGUGCAGUGAUAGGGCAAGCAAAGAUAUUGGUUGAUAGAUAUCGAAGCGAAACGAGGACACAAUUCCAGUCGAUAGUCAAAUCUUUCGAGCCACGAAACCUUGAAACCUGGUACGAUGGCUUUGCGUACUGUACUUGGAAUGGCCUGGGCCAAAAUCUUACCGAUGAAAAGCUCUACCAGGCCCUUGAGACAAUGUCUGAAGCCGGAAUCAGUUUUUCAACUCUUAUUAUUGAUGAUAAUUGGCAAUCAAUUGACAAUUCCGGCAAAAAUAACUUUCAUCAUCGUUGGAAAGAGUUUGAGGCGGAUAGAAAAACAUUUCCCCAAGGCCUUAAGCACACGAUUUCCACCAUCCGAAAACGAUACCCAUCAUUAAAGCACAUUGCUGUUUGGCAUGGAAUUAUAGGAUACUGGAAUGGAAUAUCACCAGAUGAAACCAUAGCUAGAACCUAUGAAACCAAAAUUCUGAAGAAACACGACGACGGAUUCUUUGGCGGAGGCUCCGUCAUCGCUGUAGACGCCUGCGAUGCACAUCGAUUGUAUGAUGACUUCUAUAGGUAAGCUGUAGCCACCUAUUAGUAUAAAGCUUCUAACAGAGGUAAGAUUCCUCGCGGAUUGUGGUGUCGACUCGGUAAAAACAGACACUCAAUCUCUUCUCGAUCAGCUUGAGAACCCAGAGGAUCGCGCUCGUUUUAUGACAGCGUAUCAAGAUGCCUGGAUGGUCGCCUCACUUCGUCAUUUUUCAGCCAGAGCAAUAUCUUGCAUGUCACAAUUCCCACAAGCACUCUUCUACUCUCAACUACUUUCAUCUCUUCCAAAGCUUAUGGUCCGAAAUUCCGAAGACUUCUUUCCGGACGACCCAACAAGCCAUCCCUGGCACAUUUUCUGUAAUGCACAUACAAAUGUCUUUACACAGCACUUGAAUGUUCUCCCCGAUUGGGAUAUGUUCCAAACUAGCCAUGAAUACUCGGCUUUUCAUGCUGCUGGUCGAUGUAUUAGUGGAGGACCAAUUUAUUUCACUGAUAAGCCUGGAGAACAUAAUAUCGGACUGAUCAAACAGAUGACCGCAAAGACACUGAACUCGACCAUCAUUCUCCGGCCAAAGGUUGCAAAGACAAACUAUGUUUAUACAAGUAAGAAUGAGCCCAGGUUGCUCAGAAUCUCAACCUCAACCAUACAUACAAAUACGCCGAUGCUGGGUGUAUUCAAUGUUGGUGAUGAGAAGCGUAUGGAGAUUGUGACCUUAAAUCAUUUCUCGCAUAUUCUCCCAGCUCAGGAGUAUAUUAUUCGAGCCCAUACUUCUGGAUUUAUGAGUUCCCCUAUAUCCCAAGCAAAGUCAACUUCGCCUCUGCUAUUGAGUUUAGACGUGAAGGGGUACGAGAUAUUGACAGCGUACCCACUCGAUUGCUCAUCGAGCCCGACGGAAGGCGUUAAACGGAAAAUCGCAAUUAUCGGCCUUGUUGAUAAGAUGUCUGGAGCGGCUGCAGUUCUUGGCUCUUCCAUUCAAGAGCGCCCAGAUGGACUUGACAUCAGGGUCUCUCUAAAGGCGAUGGGUUUACUGGGUAAGCUUCACUUCAGCUCUUCUAUCAAAAGUCCUAACCAACGGUGACAGGCAUUUGCAUUUUCUCAGACUCUACAAAUGUAGAAAUACCCAUAGUGAGAAUGUGCAAUGUACAACUGAUGUCGACUAUGUGGGCAUGGGUUCAUGAUGAGAACAUGAUCAAGAUUGAUAUGGAAAAGGCCUGGGAAGUGGUUAACGAAACUGCAACGUCUCGAGAGAUAACCGUGGACCUUUCGAUAAAGUAAUACGACGUUUCUUGCGACACCUCUGAAUACGCUAUCAUGAAGAUGGACGUUUAUGCCUUUCACCUUUAUCCUUGGAAUGUGUUAUCCUCCAUAUGGCGUAAAGACGAGCAGGAUCAAGGGUCCUGAUGGCCUAUUUUGCAAAUUUCAAAUUCGAAAGUGAGCUCGAUCUAUAGUUGAAGCGGGCUUAAGUUUUUGCUUUAGACAACGGGAUAGAAGUAAUUACCAGACUUUUCUGUUAUUCUUGCCGUCCAUUACUUGGCCCCUCUUCGUUGGAGGGGGAGAGCAACCUCAUAUCAAGUCAUUUAGCGAAAGCUUACGUAGCUCAAUAGUAACACUGGACUAGAGGAUGUACA